AUCCAAAUGGAAUAGUACAUCUACCAAAGGGAAAGUGGUGGCAUUUAUAUCAUAAAUCUGAAGAGAACCUGGGAGAAGCUGGUGCUAGCAGCUCCUGCCAUGGUUAGUUGAACACACAGCCGGUGUCGGUGUGUAACAUGCUCCGGGAAUACUGGCCUGCGAGCUGUGCUGAACUUUUCUUUUGCCCCGGAGCCACUCUUGCUGCUGGCUGCUUCACUUCCGGAGCUUUCACUAAGCAGAUCCAGGCUGCCUUCCGAGAGCGGAGAUCUCCCGUGGUUACUGAGUCCAGGGCUGACCACCAGCCUUUCACAGCGGCGUCUCACAUGCACCUGCCUACAACUGCUCUGUAUAACACACCCUCCUCUGUGUUUUGUGUACACUGUCACCUCACGCAGCAACAGAGGGUGGGUUCACGGAGCGAAUCUGACGUGCUGGACGCCAGCCCCGGGGAAGUUCUGCGCCUGCGCCUGCGCGCCACCAUCUUCUGUGAGCAGCCGGGGGAGGUCACGCCCGGGCUCUACUUCUGCAGAGACACUGACGAAUGAAAAAAAAAAAAAAAAAAAAAGAGAGUAAGCCUCUGUUGAGAAGGCUGUGACCAAGGAGGAGUUUCAGGGCGAAUGGGCUGCUCCAGGUCCUGUGUUCUCUGCUAACGUAAUCUGAGGUUGCCGGCUUGUGUAGAGGAGCACAGGUGUCCUCUGUGCUAUUCAGCAGUUCCCCGAGGAAGACUGGAGCGAAGGCUGGUCUUCAGCUCCCACUAUUCAGCCUACUGAAUGGGGCUGGCAUCCUUAUAAAAAGAGGAGGAGACACCAGAACUCACGGCCCUUUCCCACAAGAACAAAGAGAAGACGCCAUCUGCAAGCCAGGAAGAGAAUCCUCACCAGAAACCAACCCUGAUGACACUUGAUCUUGGACUUCUGACCUGCAGAACU